UACUCUUCAAACGUGCUUGACUCUUUGAUCAUUAGCAAGGAGAAACUCUAUGAACAUAAGACACUUUGGAUCAACUUUACUACAUAUGAUCUCCACCAAGAACAUGACACCAUCAACCCUAAUUCACAUCCCAACAUCAUGCUCUUGUCCCAGGAUGAACUGACCAACAAGAAUGCUCACCCGUACUGGUAUGCACGGGUAACAUUCAUUUUUCAUGUAAUGGUUUGCUUCCACCAUGAAGAUCCAUCAAAAUCACACCAUCUUGAUGUUCUACUCAUCCAAUGGCUGCACCAGGAUUCAAACUUCCAAGACAUAUUUGCUCACCGCUGCCUUUCCCGUGUUUCUUUCUUCCCUUUGGGUACAUCCGAAUGCUGGGAUUUUAUAGACCCCAGCACAGUUAUUCGCUUGGUCCACCUCUUGCCAGGUUUUGAAUCUGACUGUGUUCCUGGUCCAUCCAUUCCUCAUAAUAUCUCUCGCAUGCACUUUGGAUCAAAAGCCAACGAGUCUGUUUAUUAG